CCCCCCGCGCCAGCUAUCGGUGGCGGCAGGCGGAGCCAGCGCGCUCCCGAACGGGGCAACAUUGUCUCGGCAAAAAAAAGCACUUAUCCAGCGUGGCACUAUUUUCUCACAAGAACUAACCAAAUAUUCCGUUUUUAGCGGAGAAGACUGCGACAUUUUUUGGACGGAGCGAACCCAGGGGGAACUCUUAUGUGAUCGACCCGACAAUUCGCGGGUCGACUUCAGCAAAAAAAGAAAAAGUGACGUUUCGGUUGAUUUUCUCGACGCGAGCGGGUCCAGCUUGACACCGAGAGAGAGGCUCGACUCCAGCCCGGCCGUCCUGACAUGGACACAGCGAUCAUACCUGAAAAGAAAAGGGUGAGCUCGGAGCGCAGGAAGGAGAAAUCGAGGGACGCGGCGAGAUGCCGGCGCGGGAAGGAGUCGGAGGUGUUCUACGAGCUGGCCAAGCAGCUGCCCCUCCCCCACAGCACCAGCUCCAGCCUGGACAAGGCCUCCAUCAUGAGGCUGACCAUCAGCUACCUGCGCAUGCAGAAGCUGCUCUGCGUCGAUGAGCCGGUGGCGGAGGACAAACCAGCACUGGACAUGCAGCUGAACGGCUCCUACCUGAAGGCUUUAGAGGGCUUCCUCCUGGUGCUGUCUGAAGACGGAGACAUGAUCUACAUCUCAGAAAACGUCAGCAAGUGCCUGGGGCUGGCACAGUUUGACCUGAUCGGACACAGCGUGUUUGACUUCACACAUCCCUGCGACCAGGAGGAGCUGAGGGAGAUGCUGGUCUACAGAACCGGCUCCAAGAAGGCGAAGGAACCAAGCGCAGAGCGGAGCUUCUUCCUGCGGAUGAAAUGCACGCUCACAAGCCGGGGCCGCACCGUCAACGUCAAGUCGGCUACGUGGAAGGUGCUGCAUUGCUCGGGCCACGUCCGCGUCCACAGCAGCGAGCAGAGCGCCGACGGCCACACGGAGCCACCCGUCCCCUAUCUGGUGCUGAUCUGCGACCCCAUCCCCCACCCGUCCAACAUCGAGGUCCCCCUCGACACCAAGACCUUCCUGAGCCGCCACACCAUGGACAUGAAGUUCACGUACUGCGACGAGAGGAUUACCGAGCUGAUGGGCUACGACCCGGAGGACCUGCUGAACCGGUCCGUGUACGAGUAUUACCACGCUCUGGACUCGGACUAUCUCACAAAGACUCACCAUCACUUGUUUGCAAAGGGCCAGGUCACCACGGGUCAGUACCGCAUGCUGGCGAAGAGAGGCGGCUUCGUGUGGGUAGAAACACAGGCCACCGUCAUCUACAACAACAAGAACUCCCAGCCUCAGUGUGUCGUGUGCGUCAACUUUGUGCUCAGCGGCAUCCAGGAGGACAAACUGAUCCUGUCUUUGGAGCAGACGGAGAACGUGAAGCCGGCGCCGGAGGAGGAGGAGGAGAAGCAGCAGCAGCAGGAGGAGGAGGAGGAUGAAGACGAGGCCGUGGCGGAGAAGAGCGAGCCCGUUGCGGUGAAGGAGGAGGAAGAGGAGGAGAAGACCCUGGAGGUGAUCAAGCUCUUCACGCAGGUGGAGCUGCAGCCCCAGGAUUGUCUUUACGACCUGCUGAAGGAGCAGCCAGACGCCCUGACCCUGCUGGCGCCGGCAGCCGGAGACAUGAUCAUCUCUCUGGACUUCAGCCGCCCCGAGUCCGAGACCCACCUGCUGAAGGACGUCCCCCUCUACAGCGACGUGAUGCUGCCCUCCGCCGACGACAAGCUGGCGCUGCCUCUGUCCCCGCUGUCGCCCACCGAGCCGCUGGAGGCCUCCAGCGCCUCCUCCUGCGAGGAGGCCAAACCCGACGGCUUUCCUCCGGCCGUGUCCACCUCGCCGCCACGCAAGCCUUCAGACGUCGACCACCCGCUGGGCUUUUCCUUCCCCAUGGACACCGAGAUGAGCUCCGACUACAAGCUGGACCUGGUGGAGAAGCUGUUUGCCAUCGACCCAGAGCCCAAAACGCCGUUCAACACAGAGGCGAUGGAGGACUCUGAGCUGGAGAUGUUUGCACCAUACAUCUCCAUGGACGAUGACUUCCAGCUGCCCGGCCUCGCCCCAGAAGAGCCUCUGUCCUGUGGGCCGGUCAGACCCCUGGAGAGCCCCCCGGGCCUCGUCACGCUGGACGUCCAGAGCUACCCCGGCUCUCCGUUCAGCGCCGCCGAGAGCUGCGCGUCUUCUCCGGCUCCCCCCGAGCCCGUCUGCUCGCCCCCCCCUCCCACCGCCACCGCUGCAAAGAGAGUCCCAAACCUGGAGAAAGAGGUUCCUCUCAGAACCGUGGCGCUUCAGAACGUGCAGCGGAAGAGAAAACUGAGCGAGCUAAAGGAGCUGAUCGAACAGGGAUCUUUGAGCCAAGAGCAGCCUGAGAAGGUUAAAAAGCUGAAGGCCACGGAGUUGGGAGCAACCAGGACCGUUCUUCUUCUGCCUUCAGACCUGGCCAGCCGGCUGCUGGGCACCACCUCGGACGGCGGCAGCUCCCCCUUCACGCUGCCGCAGCUCACCAGCUACGACUGCGAGGUGAACGCCCCCUUACAGGGCCGCCAGUACCUGCUGCAGGGCGAGGAGCUGCUGCGCGCCCUGGACCACGUCAUCUGAGUCAGGACUGCACUUCUGGACUAGACUGGACACUACAAUUAUGCCCGACCCGACCCCACUGCCACUUAUUUAUGUAUCUGUUUUGAGCUCGACCAGCUCGGCUGCCGUUUGUGCACCUUAUGUGAUAUUUGCAGCAUUCCACAGUGACAACCAACCAUAGCAGGAUCCUCUCUUCUCCAUGGAGCCUCCUCCACACGCGGCGCCUUCACCGACGGACCCAUCUCCAGCGGGUUCCCUGCAGAACCUGCCCCCCCCCGCCCCUCCCUCCUCCUACUGCCAGCAGUGUAUUGUAAGCUUCAGUCGCACAACUUAUAUUUUCUUAAAAAGAAGAAAAAAUAUUACCAGCAAAAUAUAUAUAUAAUGAAGCCUUUUUAAAGUAGAUCUAAUGGAAAAAAAUGAACUUUUAUUUUAUUUUUUUCUCCCCCCCCCCCAUCCUCCCAUACUUGUAUGUUGUAGUACUCGUACAUAACGUCCUGAGUCCCAAAAGUCUGAGCGUCUAGUUUUUAAACCUGAGCUGGUUUGAAUGUUAUCUCUGUUUUUAAAUAGCCGUCUCGUGAGCUAAUUCCAUUUAAUUGUGUAGCAGUCCAGUACAUGUCACUUUAUUACUGUAAGUGUGCGUUACUGUACAUACGCCAGGGAAAUUUCAAUUUGACUCCGAUCUUUUAUUUUUUUUCCCACCUUCCUGCGUUUUCCUUCUACAUGAAAAGACUUCAUGGCUUUCGGUUUUUACUCAGUGCGCGGCGAACUCCAAGCAGUUCAAAGAGGUGCGACGGUCACAGUUUCUCCUCGUUAUAAUCAUAGUCAUAGCACCAGUUGUGACCGGACAGGCUUAUUUACUCUGUUAAUGGUAGUCACUUUUAAUACCAUUCUUCCUUGCCAUAGUGUCGAGUCUCUCAUGCUUCAUUUUGCUGUUUAACAAUAAAUGGCUUUAAUAAAAUGUG